AUACGGAGCAAAAUAUUUGCGACCAUGUUGUUUCUGGACUCAUACGGUGGGUAUAUGGUUGCAUUUGCUGGUCGAAAAUAUGCUGCGAGGUCCCCACCUACUUUUGUUGCAAACAGUACAUAUCCUGUAACAAGCUUUACCCUUGCAAGGGAUUUACCAGAAGCUGGCAGGCUGCAAAACUUGUACUGGAAAAGAGAUGGCUGUGCUAAAUGUGCAGGGAACUCUGGUUUUGUAUGUCUCAACAACCAAGACUGUUCCAUCAAGACAUCCGGCUGCAAAAAUCAAAAUGGAAGUGUAGAUUGUAGCCUUGGGAUACAAUUAGCAUUCUUUGGCACAGAUAAGCACCUUUCAGUUAUGAACUCAUGGUAUGAAGUGGAGAACCUUCGACAGUACUCCCUGUAUGGUCUUUAUUCAAAUCUAAAGAAUUCCCUCACUGGUGAGUAUAGCAAGAUCUUCUAAUUGUGCUUCUCUUGGUUGAUUUUUUGCUACUGGUAUGUUGUAAUUCUUUUUCACUUUCUGCCUUUCUUCAUUUUAUAUCUACUUCUGUCUUUCUCUCUUUUUCCUUGAGAUGCUUCUCCUUGCAGUUAUGGUGUUAAAAGAUUUGUGGCGUGUGUAUUAUGUACAAUUUGAGAUUAUGAAUAGAGAUAUGGUCAUACA